AUGAAGAAGAAGAAGUCGACGACAAAAACGACGAAAAUGAAGACGAAGAAAACAUCUGCUUUGCCGACGAAAUCAACAGCUUUGAUUCAGAGGAAGACGAGUUUAGCGCGAGAGAAGAAGAAGAAGCGCAAAAAGAACGACGACGAGAUGACGACGACGACGGAAACGACGAUGGAUUUCGAGGAGGAAGAAGAUGCGAGCGAGAAGAAGACAAAACGACGGAAGAAAAGCGACGACGACGAAGAUAAUUUGUUUCUAUCCGCCUCCGCGCAAAAGAACCCGACGAAGAAAGGGAAGAAAGCAUCUUCGCCCACAUCGAAGUUGUCUUCUUCUUCUUCGUUAAAACAACAGGUACGACAGCGAGGAGAAAAGAAGGUCAAAGAAGCAAAAGAGGAGGAAAAAGGCGACGGUCGCACGCUCGAGAGGAAAACAAAGAGCGACGAUGAGAAGAGAACGAAGACGAUGAAAAAGGGCGAAAAGACGACUUUGUUGUUGUCUUCUGCUUUUUCUACUCAACAACGCUUUGAAACGUUGGCGAAAGGUAAGGGUAAUGAUGGUCUUCCUCUUCCGGCGGCGUCUGGCGCUUUGAUGAAAAAAGAUAAGGCGGAGAAGAAGGAGAAGAAGAAGAAGAUGAAGAAGACUUUGACGGCGAAAAGAACCACGCGCGGGAGGAAGAAGAAGGAAGAAGAGGAGGUGAAGGACAACGAAGAUGCCGACGAAAAGAACCGCGGAGGCAAAAGGUCGGGAGGCGACGAGCAGCCGACGGAAGGGCAAGACGUCUCGAUGAUGCGCGAAGACGACAUCGAUGAAGUCGAUCGAGGAGAAGACUUUGGAGACGACGACGAGGAUGAAGACGCCGACGACGAAGAGUACGGCGGUGGCGGAGACGACUAUCACGACGACGACGACGAGGAAGACGAGGAUGACGAAGACAUCGAUGACGACGACGACGAAGAAGAGUACUCGAACGAGGACGACGAGGACGACGACAACGACUCGGAGGACGAAGGACGCCGAGGCAGUGGCGACCGUCACGAUGGAGGACUUCACGCGUUGCUCUCUCGUCUCGGUGGUGCCAUGGAGGGGAUGGGUGGUGGUUCUCGCGGCGGGAUUUCCGCGCGCCUCAAAGACGUUUUGAAAGCGUUGACGUUUGAUAGAGAAGCCGAGAACGGCGGCAUCGACGAUACGGCCAUUGUCAUCGCUUUGAACGAAUUGUGCGAAAUAGUCGUCACAUCUUCCGAGGAACUCUUAGCAACGAGUCUAUCGCCGGAGCCGUUCGCGAAGGCGUUGUUGAAUUGCUGCAACUUGGAGCACAACCCAGAGUUGAUGCUCUUGGCGGUGCGCGCGAUGACGUCCAUGGCGGACAUUUUGCCAAACACGCGGGGCGCGUUUGUGCGCGCAGGCGCUCUGCCCACGUUGUGUCAAAAGCUCUUCGCCAUAGAAUACAUAGACGUCGCAGAACAAUCGCUCUCCGCGCUUGAAAAACUUACUCGAGGAUAUUACGGCUCAAAAGCCGCCGAAGCAGGUGCGUUGACGGCGGCUUUGGCGCACUUGGAUUUCUUCGGCGUCGGCAUGCAAGGCGUAUCGAUGCAAAUGGCUUCGAACGUGUGCUCGGAAUUUCCAACGAAGUCCUUAUCGCCCGGUGCCGUCGACGCUAUUCCAACGCUCCUCUCUUUGCUCGUUCGAGACGAUCAAAAAGUUGCCACUUUAGCGUGCAACUGCUUGGUCUCUUUGUCGGUGAAAGCUAAGAAAUUAGCCGAUCGAAGAGUUUCGUUUUUGCUUCAAAAGGAAAAAGAACAAAAAGAACAACAACAACAGUUGUUACUGGAUCGACAACCUUCUGCUACUAAGAAAGAAGAAGAACGAGGCGGAACGGCGGCGGCGGCGACGACGACGACGACAAGAACAACGGACGACGCCGCGACUAGCAACGAUAGACAAAAGAAGAAGAAGGAAAAAUCCUCCUCCUCGGAGAUGGACCCGGCGGCGGCGAACGAAACCGUCUCUCUCAUUUUAUCAGACGCGCUCUGCGAACGGUGCUUAGAAAUCGUGCGCGAAGCGGCUGGCACUGCUGGCAGCACGAGUAAUGUAACACACAGCCGCCUGCUUUACAGAGGGUGCGUGAAGAUUCUCGCGACAAUUUUAGAAGCGCGUCCGGAGAUGUCCAUUUUCUUGUUGAAUAACGGCGUCGCGCAGAUUUUGGCCGAACAUUUAGAGAGAUGCAAAAUCGUUCGAGCGAACGUCGGCGUUUCCGAAUACAGCCCGGUACAAUCGAUGGAUGAUUUGCACGACGCCAUGCAUUUGAUUGGGUUGUUAAUACCAUCCCAAGUGAAGAGGAACGACGAGAUCAAGAAAACCUCCGUCUCUCUGGUCGUCGGCGCGGCGGAUUUGCAAAAGCUCUUUGCGAAACCAGAAAACGCCUCGCUCGUUGCAAUUUUCGGCGAAUAUCUCGCGCCGACGCUUUGCCACGUCGCGGAGUCGCCGUCGAAUGUGACCAUUAAACGCAAAGCGCUGUCGACGUUAACAUCGUGGACGCAACUGGUUGACAUCGAGACGUUUGAGAACGUUGCGAGAGAUGAAGCUCCCAUCGCCGCCGUCGUCGCUCGCGCUUUGAUCGAUCCGCAAGGCGAGUUAUUGAAGGAAGCUGCAAAGUUGUGCGCGAUGACGUUGGAGAAAUCUAACGAAGAUACUCAAGAAGAAGAAGCCGAAUUCAUCAAGAGGUUUGCAAAAGAAGGCGGAGCGCACGCUUUGGAGGUUCGCGCGAAAGAGUACAACUUUUUAAUCGCAGAAGCCGCCGAAAAGAGCGCUGGAUCCGAAGAAAAAACGCUUUUGCAUCCAACGACGCCGAGAGAGCCGCAGUUUCAAAUGUCCACGAAUCCAAAAGAAGAAGGUUUGCGAAUCUGCUCGGAAGUUCGUAAUCAAUACUUUGGGCCGGGAAAAGCGCACUUGAUUGCUUCGGAAGGUCUCGAUCGACUUCGCAAGGCGUGCGCGAAACUGAAAACGGCGCCACUCUCGGAUUCGAGCGAAGGCGGCAAAUCGGCCAAGAAUCCGCGAGACGCCAAAGAAUUUUCGUCGGCGUUUGCCAAAAUAUUCGAAGCGCUGGCGACGAGCGAAAUCUCGGCGUUCGAACUCUCCGAAUGCGGCGCGGCGUCGACUUUGCGCAAGUUCCUCUGUGCCUCAGAUGUGCCUUCUUCUCCUAAAACUUCUUCUCCUAAAUCAAGGAGCAUCGAUUGUGAAGAAGCGACGGAGCGUCUCGCCAUUUUCACGCGCGCCGCCGGCGACGCGCCGACGGGCUCGUUUGAAACGCUCGUCCGUCUUCUCGUGGAGACCUUACAAACGCGAGAACGCAUGCCGAUCUCUGUUUCAGAACACGCGACGGCAAAUUCGGAUUCGUCCUACGCGCGAUUUCGCGCCUCGAGCGGUGUACCGUCCUCGCUCGCGCCUUCAGCGAACGCGGGUGACCCUGGGUUGAAUUUGCUCGCGAGACCGCUCAAGGUUCGCUUAAAGCGCGCCUCGAAGUGCGACGCGACCAAAGUUGAAGAUUACGGCAACAGCGUGGUUAUGAUUGAACCGUUAGCGCAGUUAAGCGCAGUCGAAGCAUUCUUGUACUCCCGAGUGAAGAAGAAACCAGUGCCGGCGCAACAACCGCCAAAUGCUUCAAAUACUUCCGCCUCUGCGCCGAACGCCGACGCAAACCGAUCCGCGAGCGCGCCAGAUCGCGAGAUGGAUCACGACGAAGAAGACUUCGACGAAGAAGAAGAUUACGACGAUAUGGACGAGGAGGACUUCCACGACGAAGAGGACGACGACAUGGACGACAUGGAUCACGAAGAAGACUACAUGGACGACGAGGACGACGAAGAGAAUUUGUUGGGUCCAGAAGGCGAGGACACGGCGCAUCCGCCGGCAUCCGCGGAAGAGAUCGCGGCGCCUCCCGCAUCGUCACCGUCGCCGCCACCGCCAUCGCAACAAGAGCAAAGUGCUACUGCUGCUACUGCGCGCGUACCGACGCCGCAAGCAUCGUCUGCUCCUGGUGCUGCUGCUGGAAGAACCUUCGCCUCCGUCGCCGCGGGGAGCGACAUCGCGCGCCCUCGACUCGCCUUCUCGGUCAACGACGGCGACGCGUACAUUCAGGAUACCAAGAACGUCUUAGCCGCAGUCACGCAAGUCUCUAUCGGUGACUCCGUGAAACCAAUGAGUGGACGGUUGUGGGAACAACCGUGCGUGUUAUACUACGACAUUGUGGACACUACCGACCCGAAAUUUAAAGGUAUUAUCAGCGAAGGCGGCGAAGAUUCGAACGACUCGUCGAAACCGGCGACGCUCGUCGAAACCGUGGUGGAGGAAAACCUCUUCGCGAAUCCAUCGGUGAAAAGCGAUGUCAAAGCAAUUUUAGGCCCGGUAGCAUCAACGGUUUUCAACGCGCAAUUCGGGCAUCCAAAUGUUGUGAAAGGUUUGGAGGACGACUUUGUUCGCGACGCGUUGGCGACGUUGACCUUGUGCCAUCUCGUUACGGAAGACGCGAAGAAGAUUUUGCGCACCGCGGGACCAGAGAAAAUAAAGUCUGCUACUGUUCAUACUAAAAAAACGUCUGAUAACAUGCUGGUAAAUGGCGACGACGACGAGGAUAAAAUGCUGCUCAGCGCGGACAGAAUGCGCAUCGCCAACCUUUCCUCAGCGAAAAUGCACGCCGAAAACUUGUUCUUGGCGCCGAAACUCUCCGGAAAGCUUCGCGCGCAGCUUCGCGAUACGCUUUCUGUGUGCGCUCGAAGAGUUCCAGAAUGGACCUCUGCGCUUGCAAAGACGUGCCCGUGGCUGUUCACACUCGACGAGCGCGUUUUGCUGUUUCAUUGCGCCUCUUUCUCCGUCGCGCGUGCGUUGCAUCAGCUCCACGGUGACGGUAAGGCGAGCAACGGGGCCAACGGCAAUGCGGCCAACGCCGGGGCUGCAAAUGCUGGCGGCGAUCCGCGAGGAGGUGCUCGCGUAGGCCGUUUACAACGGCAAAAGGUGCGCAUUCGAAGAGAGCACGCGUUGUCUUCUGCCAUAAAAGUAUUCUCUUCGCCGCAAACGCGCAAACACGUGUUAGAGGUUGAGUUUUACGACGAGGUUGGGACUGGCAUUGGUCCCACGAAUGAAUUUUACGCGUUGGUUUCAAAAGAUUUACAAAGAGCUUCACAUGGGAUAUUUCGAAGUGAACAUAGCGCGACAACGACGACGAAGACAGACAACGCUGAAAGCCUCGUAAACGCGCCACAUGGGUUGUUCCCGAAGCCGUUCCGUGCGGUACCGAACGCCUCGAAAGCGAUUGAGAUUUUCAGAUGCGUCGGACGCGCCAUCGGCAAAGUCUUACAAGACGGUCGAUUAUUGGACGUGAAGUUUAACCCGAACUUUUUCAAGAAGCUGUACGGGUUACCUCUUUGUUUAGACGACCUCGAAUUGCUCGAACCGGAGCUGUUUUCGACUUUGAAAAAACUCGAAACGGCGGUUCGAGACGGGUCCGGGAGACUCGACGGCGCGAAGAUUGAAGAUUUGUGUCUGGAAUUCGCGUUGCCGGAUGGUGCGAAUAUAGAAGGCGCUUCCGUUGCAGACGAAGUUGUCACGGCAGAAAACGCUUCGCGCUACAUCGCAACGGUCGUUGACGAUGUCUUAGGCGCCGGCGUAGAACCGCUCUUCCAGGCUUGCCGCGAGGGUUUUGCCGACAUCGUUUCCAACCCGUCGCAACUUGCCAUGUUUUCCUUAUCUGAAAUCGACGCACUCACGUGUGGCGUGGACGAGCAAACAAAGUGGAGCGAGCGCGACUUACGCGAGCACAUCUUAUGCGAUCAUGGCUACCAAGUCAAUUCCAAACCGGUGGUAAAUUUGCGCGAGAUUUUAACCAACAUGUCAGACGCCGAACGCCGAUCGUUUUUGAAAUUCACGACCGGGUCCCCUCGCUUACCGAUAGGCGGUUUAGCCUCGUUGAACCCAAAAUUAAAAGUCGUUUGCAAACAACCGACCGUUUUAAGCGAAGUUGGUGGUGGAAUGAACGCCGCGGAAAUGAUUAGUGAAGGCACGGAGUUGGCCGAUGCCGAUUUGCCGAGCGCGAUGACGUGCGCGAACUAUUUGAAGCUCCCGCCGUACUCGAGCAAAGAAGCGCUGGAAUUGAAAUUGAAACUGGCAAUCUCCGAAGGCGUCGGCAGCUUCGAUUUGAGUUAA